AGUAGAAAAAAUACUAUUAUAUACAUAUUUUAAUUAAAUUUGUUAACUAUUUACCUAAAAUGGAAUCAUAAUCAAAGUUAGGUUGAAAUAGAAUCACAAUGGAUAUAUCGCUAUGAAUAUUGGCUUUGGCGUAACUUCUCCGUUCAUUCCAAUUAUUGUAACGAACGGAUUUCGCGCGCGACUUUUCAGGAUAAAAAUAUUCACAUUUUAUAUUGGAGUUUUAGUUUUUUUACGGAAAGUUAGUAUGCGGUGUUGGUAAUGAACCAUCAGUUUGGCCUCUGCGUAAUCAAAGACGAUCGGCGCUAAUGAAGGCCAUUAUCUGGCCCAGAUAGUUCCAUUGCUUACCGAGCACUGGCCUCAGGCGUACCGGUAAAAGUGUGACUUCUAUAUCCAUACCAAUUAUAAGAAGUUGAAGAUCACUCUUAUAUUGGUCGAUUAGAAGGUGAUUGUCAGGUGAGGGAUGGCGGAUGGUGAGCCACGCCGACGGGUCGGGGACUCGGCCCGCCGGCUCGUCUCUCGCGGCUCGGCGGCACCGGCUCGCGGAAAUUGCCAAUUAAUGUGUCCCGGCACCUGCCACGUCACGCCACGCCUCGCUCGGUCUUGCUCCGCGUCUCACGUGACUUCCCAAUAAAUACAGGUGAUUUAUUCCAUAAUUGCACCCUUGUACCGCUUGUGCGAGCUAUGCGUUAAUGCCUUGAGCUGAAACGGCUUGUGUCAUUCCUGCAUUCUGUUUCUCGUACCGGUAACGCAAGAUAUAUCGCAUCAAUCAGCAAUUAAUAUGACUCACCCCACAAAUGUCGAAUAGAUCCGAUUCUGAAGAUAAGUGUACGUAUUCUAUAAUAGUAUAUACUUAUUUAUUAUUCUGCCAGUAUGUGAUAUGAUUGAGUGGAGUUUAAUCACACAGAAAUGUUCAUAUAGCAUGCUAAAGAUAAUUAGGACAGUGCAGGUUCGUAUCCAUAUAUAUAGCUGUAUUCAUAAUAAUUCCUUCAAUUUUAUAUGUAAAUGCCACAUAUAUUUUAAUUAAGCAUAUAUACGUCUAAUCAUUAACAAUAUCAUUGCGAAUGAGUUUCAUGGCUGCUGGUGAAUCCCGAUGAACAUUUAAAUCUUAAUUAUGACAAUGUGUAUACCGGCGGGACCACUUUCAGGUACACACAUAACGGGAACGGAUCGCGCAUUUUACACGCUCGCUACAAAUUAACAACAAUAACCAGAACAAUGCAGGCGAAAUGAAUAAGCGAGAACAAAACACAAAGCACAAUCAUUACUCUGCAUAAAUGCCAGGUGAGUGAACAAGGUUCUUAAAUAAUACAGUCACAUCGUUUCACAGGGUAAGUUACAUUUCCUUUUAGCAUUAUUUCGUUUUCUUAUUUAUUGAGAGUCAGCCAGCAUUACACUCGAUACAUUAUUGAUAUUCGUCCAAUGAGUCGUUAACAAAAGCCUCCGUGGUACAGCGAGGGGUGAUGCGCGAAUCUGCGGGCUCAGUCCGCUACGAGCCGUAGCCGCGAAGCUACGAGCGUGCUACGCCGUAGUAGGUCGCCGUGUAAACACGUGCGUGAUAGCGGAUUUGCGAAUUAUUUAAUGAGGUGAUAAAAUAUUGUGCAAGGUGUAUAUAUGUACAUAAUUAGUGCAUUUGGUGUAUUAUAGGAAACAACUAAUUCAGUUAUUUGGGACGCGGAGGGGUGUCUUUUUUAUGUAAUUGGCAAUUUCAAAUACUUUUUUCCUAAAAUUAAAAGUAAUCGAUUCCUUUACCUUAUGAUUAAAUGGAUUCUCCAACCCGUCGGUAAAAGGAGUGCAAAAUGAUAACAGUGACAAUAACUUUUAGAUUUUGGUAUAUUUUUAUCACAAGAAGAAAGCACGAAAAUUAUCACGAAUCAUGUUAUUAAAUUACAUCAUUAUGAAAGGUUUAACGUAAAACGGUUGAACUCCUGCUAAAAUCAACGGCUAAAACUAAUUAAUGUGCUUUUGCUCAUAAUUCGAUUUUCCUGUUUUUUUUUUUAUAUUAUGAAUGAGGCAUAAUUUUGUCCAAAGAUUAAGGUCACAAUAGGAAUAUGUAAAGCGUCAGGCGACUCACAUGGAUGGAUUAACUUCCCUACCAGGGGCUUUAAUUCGCUGACUACUUAACAAAAUGAUAAUCAUUUUAAAUAAUCAAGUUUGCAGGAUUAAUCAAACAAGCACCAUAGAAGAAUAAUUAAUUUUAUGGCGUACAAAGCUAACUAGUUCUAAGUGCUUGGAUAAAGUGAACUUUGUGUGAACAUAAGACAAGUAAUAAUGUAUACCUCAAUGUGUUUUAUGAGUAUCGUCGCAAUCCUCAUGAUCGACGUGAGAACAGGGGCUCUUCUACAGAAAGAUACGGGGCCACGGCAAUGUUACCAGUGCCUGCACAAUCAGAGCGCCUGCCAGCCGGACCGGCGGCUGCAAGCGCCCUGUCCCGCACACGGACUUCAUUGCGCCACCGUCGCAAAGGCACCAGAUUUUACGUCUACAUUGACCUGCGCCGCAAGUGCCGCUCAUCCGUGCACGCUGACUCAGUCUCAGCAGACCCUCCAACUAACUUGCACGUGUGCCGGCCACCGCUGCAACUCUCCCUUUACUGCUCAACUAAGGAACAAGCUCCUUAAUUUUACCUUAACGAUGAGCAACGUCAAUAAGACAAGCCUCGAUCUUACAGAUAUGUUUUUAAAAUAUUUUGGCAACGUUUCCUUGAACAAACUGUAUGAAGCAAUUACAUUAAAAUCAACUCAAGAAAAGCGAAACAAUACACAGUUACCUGUUUAUACAUCAUCUACAUUAAAACCAAACUUGGUUGGUAGUUUGAAUGAUAUAAACCCUCCGAGAGCGGAAGCUUUGAAACAUGAGGCUACUGAACCCUCUGACGAUGAAGAAGAUGAAAACGAGGGCAGCGGGUCUUACGAAGAGAGUCGGCUGAGGCGCCCGGCCUCCGCUCCCGCUGCGCCAAGCUCCUACCUGCCCGCUAACGAAAACAAGGCUCCUCCUUUAUUUAUAAAUUUUAUUUUAAUCACGACAAUUUUCUUAGUUAUGCUGUAGAAGAUGCAAAACAUUAUUUAAAAUUUGGCGUAGUAAGGUAGCAUCAGUUUGGUUGAUAAAUUCGAAAAGUUGGUCCAAAGAAUACAAUAUAUGUUAAGUAGGUAUAGUCUUUUUUUUCAAUUGCACCUUUACUUUUUGCGAAUCGCGAGAUCACAGUUAGGGAAAAACUACUUAUGUAGUUAAUUUAAUAGCCUUUAUCUGACAUUUGUAUGUCUCUGUUACUUUCUCUACGUACCCUGUUAUUUCUUGUUUAUUGUAUUUGAAUACAUGACCGCGCAUAAAUAUAAACGGAUCUUUAAAAUUAAUCAAAACUAAGUUUAUAUGAAACAGUAAGUAAAUAAGUGUUCUAAAAAACAUUUCCACUCAGGAAUCUAAUAGUUAUCUGACAAAUAAAAUAUAAAUAGCUCGCUGUUAGUCAUUAAAACCCCGUUAGAUUUAUUUGAAAUUUCAAUAACGUCUAUAAAAAACUUGAGAGCUAAAAGCAUUUUGCAUCAAAUACGUUUUGCAUCUCGGACGAAUAUUCGGCGUCAGUUCGUCCGAAGCGAGGAAUCGAUAAUAUGAAUGCACCAGAUGCAAGUUAUAGUAAAAAGCUCAAGUUAAUGUCUAUAAGGCAUAGUACUUACAAUAUAAAUAUACACAUUGACAGUACUUAUACAUAAUAUCCGAGUUUAAGAAGGUGUAGAGAAUGACUUACUUAAUAAAUUGAGAUAUACUUACUUACCUGAAAUUAGCAUUAGUGUAUUUGACAUUGAAAACGUUUUUAUGGAAUUGACCGUCUAAUUAGGCCCCAAAAGAGUCGUGUUCAUAAACUUAAUUAAGACUGGUACUCAUUCUCUGCCAAACGCCUUAGAUCAUAGCUUAAAUGUACUUAUUUGGUAAAGCUCCAAGCAUUUUGAUAAUACCUAUUUGCAUCUUAAUGUAGUUACAUCAUCAUAAAUUCAUAAUGUCAUGUAAUUAUACACACCUUAAUUAACUGCAACUAUAUUGUAAUAAAUGGCAUGUAACAAUCGCUCUCAAUCAUAUCUAUGUUGAAAUGAUGUUAAUGUAACUAAUAUAAUAUAAUUAUAUGGAAAUUGUAUUUGCCAAUCUACUCGUAAUUAGUUUAAGUAAAAUCUGACUUGACGUCUUUGAAGAUCCUUAGCUACUUAUGACCAAAUUAUUAUGGACUGCAGAGCAGACCAAUACCAAAUUAAAACCGAAUGACGUUGAGGUCAGCUUUGUUUACCAAGUGAAGACAACAAAUUUAAUGAUAUUCAUUAUGUAUCCAACAAACAGAAAUGACAUACCUACGAUUGAGGUUAAAAUUAUAUUCUUUUUUUUAUAGAUAGUCCAUGUAGUUUAUCCCUUAAGUUUUCGUCCUUACGUGUCGAGGUUCAGUAGGUAUCUAUAGUGAAACAGUAGGUAUUAUGAAUAGGAAAUAGGUUUAGUUUAAAUAGUAAAACUGCACAUUUUGAGAAUCAACUAGAGAGUAAGUACUGUACCUUCGAACAACUUAGAAAGUGUGAGACAAUGUGGGGAAAUUAUUUCUACAUCAAGAUAUUAUACUAUAAUUAGGUCUUCGCAAUGUAUUGUGGUAGAUUAGGGUCAAUUAAGCCUCUCAUUCAAUUUACCAUCCAUUUAUUAUUUGAUCUUAAUACUAUGUUGUGGUUUGGAAGUUUUGCGAUUAAAAUUCAUAUUGAAUAA